AUGAAAAUCUCCAAAUACUUAAUAAUUAUGAUGAUCUCAUCAAUUGAUAUAAGAUAAAUUACUUAAUUUUGUGUUUGUAGGCAUGUAGACAAUCAAUAUGAAUGUUAGGGAUCUCACAUUUGUAUUUGGAAUGGAGAAAAAUGUGAUUUAAGAUUAGGUGAAACUUACAUCUAAUAAAUUGAUUAUUAAGAUGCAGAUUAAUGUUAUAAAUAUAUUUAGGAAGAUUGUAUAUAAAUGGAGAUGUGUGGAUUUUAUCUAGGAGAGUGUAUAAGAUUUACAGAAUGUGGUUUAUUCUAAAAAAAUUAAUGUUAAGAAUCUUCAGUAAAAUGCGUUUCCGAUGGAUAAAAUGUAUUGAGAAAAAAAGAUGUCAUGAUUAUAAUUCAGUAGAAGGUUGUCAAAAUAAAAAUAUAGAUGGAAAUUAUUAUUAUAGGGAUUUAAAUGCUACUAUUAAGUGUUAAGAUGUUGUAUUGUACUUAAUUGCCUUACUAUUUAAUGAGUGAUAAUGAUUGUAGAAAUGCCAUGUAUUAUUUUACUGUAAAUGAUUUGGGAUAUGGAUGUGAAGAUGGAAAAAAUAAAUGUGAAGAAUAUACAAAAGAAAAUAAAUGUUAUUUUACAUAUUAUAAAAAAAUUGAAUGUUUUUGGGAUCGAGAGUUAUAAAUGUGUUUUACAAAAAAUUGUGAAAAUAAACAAUUAAAAACAUAUGAUGAAUGUAAUUCUUACAUGUAAAAUUGCACUACAAAUGGUAUUCAUUGUUUUGAGAAUUAAGAAUGCUAGUUUAUUAAAAAUGAAAAAGGAUGUGUAGUUGAUAUUAAUAAUAAAAAAAGUGCUUACUCUAAUGGAAAAUGUGAACUAAAGAAUUGUAAUACAGCACCUUUAUAAUAUAAUAGUUAUGAAUAAUGUUAAUAAUAUGACGAAAAAUUGGAUUGUGUGAGUGCUUAAAAUUGAGGGUGCCAAAAUAGACCAAUAUAAUGUUAGAAUUAUUAUUAAGAAAUUGAUUGUUAUUCAAUUAUUAUAUAAGAUUGUGUUUGGUAUAAGAAUAAAUGUGAUAAGAGGUAAUGUUACCAUGCUCCCUAAACUUUUGUUCAUGAACAAUGUUAAUAAUAUGGAAAAUGUAUGAGAAAAAUUGAAGGUGGUUGUGAAUUGAGACCAUAAACUUGUGAAGAGAUUAUUAUAUAUGAAUUUUGUGAUAUUAGUUAUGAUGAAUCUCGUUGUAUGUGGGAAGAAAAUUAAUGUAAAUAAUUAACAUGUUAAAAUUUAAAAUUACCAAAUUAUGAUAAUAGUUAAAAAUGUAAAUAAGCCAGCAAACAUUGUCGAUAAUACUCAUACAACAAAUACAGGUUGUUUAUAAUUUAAUGUUGGUGA